UCAGCAGCCGCCAUAUGUAAACAGAUUGGUUGCAGCUCAAUUAUUGCAGCUUUAAUAUAAACAUGGAGUGCACAGAGAAGUGGACAGACAGCGAGGUUCAAGCCCUCCUGAGCAUUUAUUCAUCGGUGGAAAUCCAAAAAGAUUCAGAUUCGGGAAGGCGUAAUAUUAGGAUUUACGAAAAUAUCGCAGUGCAGCUGUUGCAUCUCGGCAUCCACCACACAUCUAAGCAGUGUAGGGAAAAAAUAAAAAAGCUCAAACAAGAUUACAGAAAAAUUAAAGAGCACAACAAUCAAAGUGGAUCAAAUUUCCGCAGUGGAAAAUGGUUUGCCGCCAUGGACGCCAUCCUUGGACACAAACCGGUGUACGCCAGGAAUGCGGGAACAAACAAUUCAGCGAUCGCCCUUUCGGACGGCAUAGGCAGCGACACUGACACGUCUGUGGAAGUAAAUGAUUUUAAGCAGAAUUGGAAGGUGCCCCCGGAUGCAUUUGUCAAAAGGAAGAGUCAUAUGCAGUCCAAAAGCUCCAGAAUUACCCAACUAGAAGAAAUAUCUCUGGACAUGAGUGUAGUUGAAGAGGACAUAACUGAGCCAGACAUGCUGUAUAUAUCCACACCAGAAUCUCCACUCCUUCCUUCAUCUAAGCCUGUAACCACAACCCAACCAGCAGGUCAGGCAACUGAUACAUCCACCUCAGCAUCAUGUCAGCAUUUACUGAACCCAUUCCCUCACCCCAAAGCUCGAGCACUAAUGCCUGGACAACAGCAAGGAACACAAAAGAGGAAGAGAUUACCUAGUGCAGUAGAGGAACAGCUUUUGGACAUCAUCACUCAGACAAACAGUCCGAUUUUACCACACGUGCCCAGAGAAGUUGAUGAAAUGUACUAUUUUGCACUCAGUUUAGUUCCGAAGCUGAACAGACUGCAUCCAAGGAAUCAGACCAAGGCUCAAAUCCAUAUCCUGCAAUACCUGGCAGACCUGGAAUUAGAAGAUAAACAACAGCACCAACAACCCACAUCAGCCGUACCAGCUUUUAAAAGCUAAAGCACCUGACGACGACAACAACAACCUUCAAUAUUUCAUCUAGUUAGAAUGUUUAAUUGUUACGUUAACAUUUUAUUUGCAUGCUUGCAUUUAAUAAAUAAUAUGUGGCAAGUCAAAUUAAGUGCAGAAAUACACGAGGGUAGAAGCUUCACAUAGGUGUGUCAUAAUUAUUGUCGUUUGGCAAUUAGUUGUUUUAGAAAUAAUUGCAAUAUUGUUGACCAUAACUAAUUAUUUAAAGACAAAAUAUAGCGUAGUAAUACAAGUACUUAAUUUCUGAAAAUAAAAUUUCUAAGAAAAUUUGGACAUUCAAAUUUAAAUUGAAAAUAUAAACCUAAACGUUCAAAAUGAAGAAAGCAUAAAGAUAAUAUUUAUUAAACACAAGUCAUUGAUUUUGAUUGGUUGAGCUGCUUUAGCUGCAACCAUCCCGCCUCCGUUUAACUACAUUGGUGAACGAAAGAAUAAAUGUUUUUUAUCAAUGACCUUUUUGUUGCUUUUAUUUUGUGAAACUUUGCAGGGUAUAUGAUAUAUAAUUUUAAUAAAAGCAUUGAGCCCUGUGAAGCCAUUGAAUUUGCUCUGCAUUCACUGUAAAUUCUGCUGGGUUAUUUUUAACCCAAUGUUGGGUAAAUAUUGGACAGAACACAUGUUGGGUUAACAAAUUAACCCUAUGCUGGGUUGUUUCAACUCAUGGUUGGGUUUUCAACAACCCAGCCUAGGUUUAUUUACAACCCAACAUGUGUUCUGUCCAAUAUUUACCCAGCAAUGGGUUAAAAAUAAUACAUACAUAGUGUUGUGUUCCUUACAAAGACUUUUAGCUAUUCUAAGAUCACUUUACAGGGAAUAGUACUCUGUUAAAGCAAAUAUGCACAAUUUCAUGAUGUCACCUUUACAAUAGAUUACUGUAGAACAACAUUUUGAUUUGUGUUUCUUGUUCUCCGCUCUAAACACGGUGUGGGAUGGUUAUUGUCUUUAGGUAAGUUGUAUUUAGAGAGGUUGUGGGGACAGACCAGAGUCAGUUAUGAUUUUGUCUGAGUAACUUGGGGUUAAAUUAUUUUUAUUAUUCAAUACGUACAAUAUGUUUUUCAGUUAAUAAAUUAAUCUGUAGAUUAUUAUGUUUAGGCAGGAGUUAUCUAAACAAGGGGUUUUCACACUUAUGAUAGCAGGGACCCAAUAUUAUGAACCUUUAGUGAGGGACUCCUUUCCUGAAAUUUAUAUUCAUAUUUUGCAUAAAGUAACAUUUAAGCUGUUAAUUAGUUACUGUAAUAUUUUCAAGAUAGCACAUUUUUACAAACUUACAUAAUUGGCUACACAGUAAUUUUACAAAAUUUUGUUUUGCCUUUUUUCUCUUGAAAUGUUCUGGGGACCCCUUAAAACCGUACCAGUUAAAAAAAAACCUGACUUAAACAACAUCCAGACCAUUGGCAAUUCUUAAGCGUAUAUGCAAAUAAAGCACAACCAGCACCCCUUAAUGUUCUUAAGCGUUGUUUCAGUCCUUAUGAGUAGACUUUUAACACUUUGUCAUACACAGACUCACCUAACAAUCAGUUCUGAGCUAUUUAUUUCAGUUCAGGAAAUAUCCUGGAAACUGUUGUUAACAGUCAAAGCAUUUGUAAUGCAGUUUAUGUGCAUUUUUUCAUGGUGCUGUAAGUCAUAUAGGCCUAGCCUAUAAGUUCAGUCUGAAUUUACUCUCUUUUCAAAGCUCUGCCAUUUAAAGACAUGCAGCAGUCACAAUUGUAUCCUGUUUGAUUAUUUCAUGUAUUUCAAUGAUUACGAUGUUGCCAUAUU